AUGGACAUAGGAUACAUCUGUCAGCCUUUAAGCACUGCGGCAGCCUCCCACAGAACAGACAAAAACCGGAAACGGAAACGUGCGCGCCGGACACCGGAAGCGGAAGCCGGGCCAAUCGAGACGCCAUUCCUAGAACAGGCGGAAGAGCGAUUGUCGGUGAUGGCGGCGCCGAGCCUCUCCGCGCUCCCAGACUCUCUCCUGCUCCAGAUUCUGGCCUGCCUGCCCCCACGUGACCGAGUGGGCGGGGCCAGGGUCUGCAGGAGGUGGCGUCGCUUGGUGAGCGACAAGUGGCUGUGGAGACAUCUGGACCUAACUUCUUACAAGCUGUCCUCCAAAGUCUUAUGGUAUCUGCUGCGGAACCAUCUCCGGGGCACUGUGCAGACCUUGAAGGCACGGGGAUCUCUUCACUCCAUUCGGAAGCAAGAAGUGUUUACCCCAGCACUGAUGCAGGCCUUGGACAAGCAGUGCCCUCAUCUCCACAGCCUAUGCCUGACCGAGACAGACCUCCGCUCCCUCUCCUAUUACUGUCUCCCCUCCUCUCUCAUGACUCUGGAGCUGAACUGCUGUGAGAUCCCUUCAGUGUGGUUCCAUGUGCCAAUACUCAGUCAAGGAUGUUCGCCUUUCCCAAAGAUCCAGCAUCUGAUUAUCCGUAAUGUCCCUGCUUUCUCCAACCAGCACCUCGUCAAUAUUGCAAGACAGGGCACUCUCAAGACUCUUGUCCUGUCUGAGACCUACCGGGUUACAGAUAUGGGGAUCCAGACAGCAGCACCCCAUCUGGGAGACCUCACGCACCUCGUCUUGCGCCAGUGUUGCAUUGGCGAUUCAGCCAUGCACUUCAUUGGGCGCCAUAUGAAGUGCCUGAGCUGCUUAGACCUUGGGGGCAGUUCUUCUCUGACAGAUGUAGGUCUUCCUUGCUUGGCCAGCUUGCCAGUCUUGGAGAGCCUCUGUCUGGAAUCCUGCGGCAGGCUUUCCCCGGAGGCCAUUUUGGCUCUUGGGCAGGUGCUGCCCCAGCUCAAGCAUCUUGAUUUAAGCAGGACAGGGUUUGACAAUGGGAUGAUUCACAAAAUCCAAGCAAGCUUACCUAGUUGUGUGGUGGCCAGCACCACUUCCAGUGCCAAUUCCAGUGUUGGAUCAUAGCCGUUACCAUGUUCAACCCAUGCCUAUUGUUGAGAAGGUCAGAAGAUGGCAGUACUGGGAAGCAUCUGCUUAGCCAUAUCCUGUUCUUUGGAGGCAGAACAAAGCAAGUACCUUUGAAAGUAGAUUCUGGGCUGGCACACCUCAAUGGAUGAUGCUGUUUCUCAGACCGCAUUCCCAAUGUUGAUAUUACAGGUUCCCCUGAUUUUAUUGUGAAGAUUGGGGAAUGAAAUCAGGAACAAAUAAUAGCUGCAGUAACAAAUACUUGAAGGCUGCACUAAAUACAUACCUACCUUUACACUCUCCAAAUUUCCAUGCAAACUCAUCUCUGGAUCCUGGGUUCAUGAUUCAAAGCAACUCUGUCCCAAUGCAACCCAUUCUUUUCACCUCCUACUUUUUUUCAUGACUUCAGGAACAUGUGGCCUUUUUAUUAAUGAAUAGUAUAUGACUGCACAUCUAAAAUGGAGGUACCUUUUUUAGACUUGACAAACCUUAUUAUACCAGUCUGUUUUUAGAACACCGGGUUCUCUGCCUGGUGUGUCAGCUCUUCAAAACAGCACAUGUAGAUUUUUGCCAUUAAUAAAUUACCUGAAAGCUGUAUUUUAAGAUUAUUUUCUGAUAAUUAAUGUGCCUCAUUGAUUAGCUUUUAAACCAUAGUUAAUGAAAUGGCUGUGUUUUUGGAUAAUGUAAUGAAAUGUAUUUUAUUUUAAUUUUUGAAUAAAAGUAAAUUGGUAUCUCUCA